CAAUUUGUUCUGUGGGUGAACAAGGGGCGAUAUUACGGUGAGUUCCACAUUUUUUUGGUCAAAGCUGUGGUGAAGUUAUAACGACUACUCUCAGUCAUCCCUUGCGUACUUGGAAUGCCAGAAAUUAAACGAUUCUACGAAAGGAAAAACAAAGCAUUAUCUCCUUUUGGGAAUUUUUUUUUUCGACUACAUCGCUAGGAGUUUGGUUUGAACAAGUUGGCCCAAUGUUUUUCUAGUUUUGAUCCAUUUCCAUCCUGGCCACCUAAAGCCAAAGUUGAGGCAUUGGAGUGGACCCAUUUUAAUUAAAACGGAACCGUAAUUUUAGGGCUCUCAUUCAUUCACGCUAUCUGAACUGCAAUUAAGAUAGCUUCAGCCAGGUCUUCUUCUGCGUGUGCGUUUAACCCCGACAGUACUUCCCUUUAAGUGAAAAUGUGUUGGUUUUUUUUUUCAUCAGAAACAAAAACGUAGGACAUUAUACGUUUUUUGCAUCAAAUGGAAACUCGGAAAAAAAAAACCCUGGCCUAAUUUAAUACGUGACCCAUUUUCAGACAAUAGGCGACCCCAUGUCAUGAAUCAGCCUUUUGCGGCACUAACCUUCUUCUCUUUUACUGAAAGCGUCUAGUUUUUUUCGGUAAGAAACAAAAAGCGUAUGACCCCAAUUAAAAAAAUUCGUGACCCAUUAUCAGACAAGGUGUCAUAAACACAAUAGACGACCCCAUGUCAUGAAUCAGCUUUUAAGGCACUAAAAUGCACAACAGUUCUGCAUCUUUCGGUUGAAAAGCUUGUGUCUCUUCCGUGCUCCUGAAGACAGGUUUGUUUAAGAUUAUUUUUCUUUAACGAAAUGUUUUUGUAAAGAACCCUAAUGUCGUGUGUUUGGCAAAUGCCUUUCUUGUGAAAUGGGUUCAUCUUUCUUUUGUGCCCCACAUUGUACAGUCGAACGCUGCUUCCAGGCGCACACCCGCUUAAUACGGACACCUCAUUAUUACAGACAGUUUGCUUUGUCCCUGGGGGAAAAAAGCCCUUACAUUUUCUCUAGACUCAACCCUGCUUAAUACGGACACCCGUUGAUGGGGACAACGGACACUUGUUUCUUGCCCAAUCAACAGAUUCUCAUACAAAGUCAACCUCGCUAAUGCGGACACUUUAUUACCCAAUUAACUGAGUGCUGUAAUAGGCCUUUCCUUUUGGAAUGUAAAAACCUUUAGUUGAAAUCAUGUCGAUGUUUCUAGAGCUACGCGGUACACCGAAUUAAGGAUGAACUGUGAUAUCAAACGAGUUAUGUAGCGAACAGUUUUUGAUUACGUAAUGUAUAAUGGAGGAUUUUAGAGUAGUUUCAUUGACAUAGUCACUGACAUAGUUCGCGGAAUGACGGCUUUGAGAAAAUUAGAUUUUGCACAUGAAAAGUUCGACAUGUAUGUAAGAGGCGUUCCUAAGUCGAGUCGGAAAGAAAGGACCUAACCGUUCGAAAUUGAUUGAGACGCCUAACUUUCUAUUUACUUAAUUCAAGUUAUGUCUACAUUAUACCGGAUAGCUUUUCAGUGCGACAUAAAAUUUACAAUCCGGUAUAGUAUUAACACCUGUAGUGGCAUAGAAACCUAUCCUGUACACAGCUUCAUGAUUCACUACGUCACAGAAACCGCGGCGAAAUCACCAUUCUCGUGAGUGAACUGCAUGAGUUCCUCUGAUUCCUGUCCGAUAUGGUUUCUUGCCGGUACAAAAGCUAUCGGUUAGGUUCGGCCCAUGAAAAUUCUUGGCGUCCUUGAUCAGCUUCUGACCUGAAACGCUGCCCAUUUGCCGUUUAAAACCACACCACCCAUUGCUGGGUUAUUAAUUUUUAGUAAUUUAGCGUACACCCGAGGAAUUCGAUAAUGUACUGAAAGCUUGGAGCCGAAUUUCAAGGCGACGCCUGCAUAUGCAUCGGGUAAUUACCGACAAAUGUCUAUCUGGCUUGUUUCAAUAUUUUUGGAACGUCUAUCUGAAUGAAGCGGCGUCUCGCGUCACUUUCCACAUGUGUGUGAUGUCGUUCUUUAAGUAUCAAAUAUAAAAAUAGAGUUCGCAUCCUCGGUAUGUUUCGAGAACACAUACUUAUAAAGCGCUAUAUCAACAGCACCGCUUGAAACGAAGAAAAAAAGCACUUUCUUUGAGUGUCAGUGUAUUUAGCACGAAAGUACUAAUUGGGGCAGACACUAUUUUUACUUCUCCUAGUGGAGACGGGGCCGCCUUUUUACGUGGUCGUCCUAGCCACGCGAAGAUCGCGAGCAAUUUGCAUGGCAAAGGGAGUACCUACGUUGCUCAGUUAUUUUAAGAUCUGAAGUAUUGGUCCGGCCCCGGGAAUCAACCUGCGACCUCUCGCUCUGCAGUCAAACGGUAUAUCAACAGCACCGCUUGAAACACAACCAUUUACUUUAAAAAGCAAACAUGCUCCUUGCACGUUAGGUCAACUAGCUGGCCACGUACUGCAAGAGCAUUUUCGACCAGAACUCGGCAUCUUCGUGACGUGUUACCCGGGAGAACGACCAAAACCAUCUAGGAUUUAGCUUGAGAAUUUAUUUCUUGUGUUCAGUUAUUUAAUUACCAAAUAAGUACCUUCCGACAACACACACGUUGAUUAGCAAUUAUUUAUAGCAAUAUCAACAGCAUCGCGUGAAACGAAGACUCAUCUGCAGUCAAAAAUGCCCCUUGCACAUGAUGUCAUCUAGCUAAUCACACAAAGCAGGUGCACUGCAUGUGGACCAUAACUCAGCAUUUUUCAGUCAUCAAUUUGGCAGAGCAAAUAUAAGUUAACUACCCGCAAGUAGCAACAAAACAGGAAGGCUGGACAAAAUAUAGGGUGCUGAGUAAUGUAGUUGCGGCAAAUAAAACAUGUAACCCAAGCUCGAAAUAUGACCGUCGGCUUUGUUGCUUAGCGUUCGAAUAUAGGGAUUUGUAUGGGAGGAAAAAAUCGGGAAUCGGGAACCACACAAGCCAGAAGAAACACACAACUUAAGCGAGGUUAGUCAAAUUUUAGUUAAAUCUUUUCACAUCCGUAGGCUACAGAAACAACCAUUCCUCCCUCCCCCAUCCCCCAUGCAAUUAGUUCGAAUUCAUCCCAAGUUAUAUUUCGAAAGUCACGCAACAGUGCCGAUGGUCAUAUUUCCCAACGUUAUUUCGAGCAUGGACCACCUGUGAAAAUACACGAAAUGACCGCUAAAGAACUGAAAUUUGGUUAUUACAAUAUGUCGACUGAAGAUGCCGAAGGUACGAGUUAUCAGACUUCAGAGUAUUUGCGGACAUGUCAUGUUCUUGUUUUUCGAAUAUUUUUCGUAUUGUAGUUUUGACUCUCUAACAUUCUCAGGUGAAACGUUUCAUUUGCGUACCCAAAAUCUGAAAAAACGAGUUUUUUAGUUGUUCUAGACUUGAGGGCAUAAAAUAUUGUAGGAAUGUACAUCAGAGACAUGUUUGAAUAAUUAUUGGAUAUUUACAGGCGCCAGCUUAUUUCAGGCAUCAUUCAAUAAAUUCAAAAUUGAUUUGACAUAAAGAAAAUUUGUAGGUCGGAUAUUAAGAUUGAUAAAGGAGGGUGCUUUUGAAAAGGUCAUCAAAAGUUUAAAGGCUCGUUUUUGGAGGAGAAGUAACUUUUCUAAAUUAGACUGUGAAGUUUGACCCCAGAGCUAAUUCCAUUUGUAAGGUGAGGAUAAAACGAGACUGGUAUAACUUGACUAAACUAGAGAGUGGUAAAAUGCCUUAAUUUAAACAACCAUUCCAAAGAUUACGGUCUUGCUGGUUCUAAGAGCGACAAAUUCGAUCAGAGGUAAUUUUUCCAGUUAAAGGUCCUUGUCUAUGAACAUACUGAGAUAUUUGACAAAAUAAUCUUUACAUCCCAGCGGUGAGUAAGUACCUUCAUCAUUUAUUUAAUCACUUCCACCAUAUGGUACGGAAGACACAACAGAACGAGGCUCCAAUUUGAGUGUGUCCUUGCCCAGGAGAGGUUGGCCACACCACCGGGGUCUACGUCCCCUACUCUUCUCGAACAGUGGUGUAGGUUCUUUUACGUCCCACAAGAACAAAUCAUGCAGUGAAAGUGCUGUGAAACGGGACCUACGGUUUUUCGUCCUUAUCCGAGAAGACUAGAAAGUCUAACCGAAGUCACUGCGAAGGCAGCACUUUCUCCUCAGUUAUUUUAAGACCCUGAGUGUUGGUCCGGCUGGGAUUUGAACCCGCGACCUCCCGCUUAGCAGACCGGCACUCUCCCAACUAAGCUUCCUUUUUAACCAGGCGGCGGUUAUUAAAUAUAGUUAAGUUUGGAUAAAAGGGGAGCACCUUUUUUGUAAUUUCAAAAAAUAAUUGUUAGAUUCUUUAUAUUUGUUCGAUUGACUGCAUUCCGAAAUAAGAAUAAAUAUAAAUGGUCAGGAGUAAACUCUUGAAAACACUCAUUUUGGCGUUCAUUGCUUAGCAGUUACUAGAAAUCUAGAAAUCAGCGGCGCCGCUGACGAGGAUCAAUUUCAUAAACGCCAAGCUCUUUCUACAAACGCUACUUUUUGGGCGGUUUCCCUGGAGUGUCCGCUAACCGAUCCUUUCAGUAUAAAGCCAUAGAAUAAUUACCUCCGUAACCACUGAAACGACGGCUUUCCCCAGGGUAAAAGAGAGGGGCUGGGGCAAAUACCAAGUGUUCUUAUCCCCAUAUCUUCCGAGUAUUUGAGAUUAGAAAUUUUCGUACAAUGUGUGCCGCAGAGGCCACUACCGCUGUCGUAUGUGCUACGGCACUCGUUUGGUUUGUUUUUGUUUUUAACUGUUUGUUUCUUCUUUUUUGGUAGUUUUUGUAGAAAAGUGAACUGCGCUACGCAUCUAUUUAACAAAGGAACGCUUUUUCCGCCGAAACGAAGUACACGAUGUUGGGAUCGGGUGAUCAGAAAAAAGGUUUAAACAUCAAACAACGCUUGUCGUGUGGAGUCGGCCAUGUCUUCAACGACCUUUUCCGUCAUCUGUACAUGUCCUUUGAAAUAGUUUUCCUCAUGCAGGUAGUCGAGCUACCAGCUUUCCAGGCAGGGAUGAUUUUGUUAAUAACACAGAUAGUUGAGGCAUUCUUUUCUCUGCUGAUUGGAUACCUGUGCGACCGUGUGGAUAUACCCCUCAUUUCCAAGAGGAUGGGUCGAAGAAAGUCGUGGCAUUUAGUAGGAACGCUCCUCAUGGCACUUACACUUCCAUUUCUUUACAACAAAUGCCUCCUCUGUAGCAAUCAUAAGACAGUUGGCUGGGCUCAAUUUGCCUAUUAUGUCAGCAUAUCGGUUGCUGGAAAUGUUUCAUUCAGCGUGGUGGAGAUAAAUCAUCUUUCAGUUAUCUCCGCUGUCGCGAGGACACUCCAAGAAGGAAUGGCAGUGAACGCUAUCAGGUUCGGAAUAUCACCUCUUAUAAUUUCCAGUUUUUUUUGCUAAAUUGCCUUACACCCCUCCGAAAAGCAGUCUUAGCCGUUUCCUCGCCCCAAGAACCUCGGAGGAGAUUUUCCAAAAAUUAACUUACUGAGAGAGAGUGUCCCCUACUUCAAGGGCCUCUCAACGUCAAUUCACUAGUCUCCCUCCCCCCCCCCCCAGCAACACAAAAUGUUCCGCCGUCGUCUUUGAUUUUUUGUCCGUAAUGUCGUCUUCUAUCUUUAUUCAAGCAUUCACCAUCUUAGAUGUUAUUACACCCACGUUACGAUGUUGCCAGAUGAAUUCUGGCACUUUUAGGAAAACUCGCUGAUUGAUAAUUUGUUCUUGACCUUUAUACAGGACUGCAUUUAGCUUUUUGACGGGCAUUUUUGUUUACCUAAUCGCGUGGGGGCUUCUGGGACAGGAUAGCGGAGCGAGUCUGGGACCUGAAGACGUGUCAUCAUUUGCGGUAAACUAUUUCUGAUAAAACAUACGGUAAAUCCCCUAUAAAGCCCUCCCUAAUCCCCCCCUUAAAGGGGAAGAAAGUUAAUAAGACCCCCCUCCCCUCCCUUCCAGGAUGGUUUAUUUACCAACUGGAAGUUCGGAUUAAUUUGAUUCUGAUCAUCGGCUGCAUGACCAACCUCCAACCCUCGAGUACCUAAGCUUUUCCACCUUGUAUUCUAGUUCUUUAUGGAGAACUGAUACCGUCGUCUUUUCUACACCAAAUAAGAGAACCGUCCCGCAGUGGAGAACUUGUGUGUGGAUAUCGGGCCUUAAUGGGGGUAAUGACAUUAGUGUUGUUGUUGUUGUUGACUCACAGCACCUUACUUGGAUUGCUACUGUUACGGGAAUUGUAUUUACAAUCGUUUUCUACAUUGGUACUAAAGAAUCAAAAACUAGCACCCAUCAGGAAGUGACAACACAAGACAAGUCCUCGGCCACUUUAGAGGCGAAAGUUUUGCAAUAUGAGAAAGAAGAGAAUUAUACAGAUCUAGAACAGGCACAUUUCAGUACAUGGUGAGCUUCCUACUUUAAAUUGUGCUGCAAUUAUGUAUAUAAAAUAGAUACACGCUGUAGAUACUCUGUUAUCAUAGACUUAGUGAAUAAACCCUGUACAGUGGAUCCUAGAUAUCACGAAAAGCCAAGUGACUGGCAAAAUAUGUUCGCUAUGACGAGGUUUCGUUAUAUGGAGGUUCUAUUGUUCAUAUAUUUUACUAUUACUGGGAUAAAGGAAAUCUUUCGUUAUACCGAAGACCUCGUUAUACAAAGGUUCGUCAUAUCGAGGUUCUUAACUUCUGUGAUACUUAUUGAUUAUAGAAAGGUUAUAACGAAAGGGGACCUGGCUCUAUCAUUGUGAUUUGGGCUCCAAUGCUAUCAAUAUCAUCACCACACCACCACCACCAGCCUUUAUCACCAUUACCAUCAACAACAACAUCAUCAUCAUCAUCAUCAUCAUCAUCAUCAUCAAAACCAUCAUCAUCAUCAUCAUCAUCAUUAUUAUCAUUUUUGUUAGUCGAUAUCGCCUGUAAUAUCGCUUCUCCUCACCCCAAUCGGUCAUUUUCAUACAAGUUCAUCCUUCAUCGUGAGAUCCUAACCUGAACAAAACUGUGCGCAUUUCCCGGAAUGAAUCACCCGAAUUAAGGAGAAUAUGGAAAACGUUACAUGGCCCGCGUUAGUAAUCAAAGCCAAAAGUCUAAUAGUCAAACUGCGCACUGGUGCAGUUUGAUUUAAAUACACAAAUGACGCAAAUGUGAUGUUAUUUCAGUCCUAAGGAAAAAAACAAUCUGGAGACAAAAGAAGAUAAGAAAUGCAAGGAGAACACCGGUGCGACCUCCUCUCAGACUAAUGGCUGCGUCUGUUCAAUUCCUGAAGCUGGUUACAAGCUGACCCUAGUCAGUGAGGGCUACGAGAAAGACGCCAGUGACACUGAGAUGGAGGAAAAGGCCCGUGACAUGUCCUAUGAAACAAGCCUUAAGGAUGAUUCGGACCGCGCCCAUUCUGACGCGUACCAAUCACUGAAAAUAAAAACAGAACAGCUCAGUGAUAGGGAGAGUAAAGGGGUAGCCAAUGAAGGCUACCAGCCUGAAGUAGAGGCCAAAGAUAUUCCAACUAAAACAAGCUGUGAAGUGCACGAUAACACCGAUCAGCCUGGAAUGCAAAAGUCAAAGGAGAUUAAAAAAGAGGGGCUAACCAUAAAGGAGAGCUACUCUGGUCAUACGCUUUCCAUAGUAAACGAGGGAUACCGGGAUGAAAACGCUACCGCUGAGGUCAAAGUCAAUGACGAUGAUAUGAAGCCAUGCCUUGAACCGGCAAAUAAAGCGCCAAUAUCAAGUGCAACACAAACCAAAGAGAGUAGAAAACACAGCUUUUCUGGUGAGAAAGAACAAGGACGCGACAACGUCGAACAGAAAGAGGACGAUAACGACGAUGUAGCUUUGAACGCGCCUGAUGCUUUCCCUGUCGAAAUAACAGCUUCGCCAGAAACAGAAACGUGGAAGACGGCAUUGUUCCUGGCGCCGGAAGAACGUGGGUCGAAUGAGGAAAAAAAAGAGCGUGAUUCCGUGAUCAAAUGCGAGUUGGCAGCCGUUAGCGUCUCUGGUGAUAGGAACGAAAAUUCAAAGACGUUUAAAGAUUGGCUAAUGGAUCCUAAGCUAUAUAAGGUUAGUUUGCCAAACAUUAAUGGCUAAGUUAUUCUAAUCGAAGUUAAAACACACAGCUGCAGCCCAGCUUCUGUUAACGGAGAACAAAUCUGCUACAAAAAAAUGCCAUCCCAUUUACCCACAUCCUUUUUUAUAUCUUUUUAUAAUAUCCUCUAAACACAGCGAUGGUCACGCCACCUUCACAGAAAUUUGGAGUCUAGUUUAGAGCUGAGGUGUCCACCUUAUCGUCCCUUAUAAGAAAAUCUUGAUUACGAAAUCUGGAAAAAUCGCUUUGGAAUUGGGAAUCCGAAUUUUACUAACAAGGAAUCCGAAAUCCAAGUUCCACUGAGAAUGAAUCGGAAAUGUAGUACCUGGAAUCCGGAAUCCUUGGCGUGGAAUCCAAAAUCCAAGUCUGUCUUGGAUUCCCUUACAAGGGCGAGCCUUAUUUAGAGUCAAAGACAAUGGCUGGAGUACGUCAGAGACCAACUCUCUGAGAAAACCCUCAUAUAUAUAUUAUUUUACAUGAUGAUGAUCAUUAUUUUUCAACUGAUGGCGUACAGUCUGCCUCUUUUUAACAUUGUAAAGCGAUAAUCCUCCGUUUUCAGAAUCAACGUCUCCACUUUUAAAAUUGUUUUCAUUAACUCCAGCUGGCGGAUCAACACGACGGCCAAAUAUUUGAUCGGUUAACGAACGAUUUCGUAAAACAUUUGGGCAUAGAAAGUAGCGCGAUAAAAACAUGACGUUUUGGCGACAAUGUGCCAUAUUUAUCAAAUGCAAAUGAGGAGAAACGAUAAAAAUAUAUAGACAGAAGAACGAAGGUGAGAAAUAAUACAGCACAGACCUUUAGACGAUUCUAAGACGAGGCCAACUGUCUACGAGUACGAGAUUUUCACAAUACUAAGCAAUGCUUGCGCGUGAACCAGCGUCAUUUUGGCGGGAAAACGUGAUAGUCGUCUUCAUUCUACUACGAGUUUUAGCGAGAAUGUCGUAGUGGGGAAAAGAGGUUAUCAAAUCUUAGGAGUUCAGCAUCUCAUAAAUUAGGCACUUUUUCCCUCCCACAUAGCUUUAGCAUGUAUGGAUGCCGCAUGGAAUUUGAUUUCCCAUGAUUUUCAAUUCCCAACAAUAUAGCAUACUGAAGGUAGCGUCUAAAUCAGCCAAGGCUAUGAUUAAAUAUUUGUGAUUUUUCAGCCACUGAAAGACAGGAUUUUUCUUUGAUAUUUUUUUAUCAACAGGUUGCUGUCAUCUUUACUUGUUCACGCCUUUUGCAGGAUGCAACAUAUUCCUAUUUGCCAUUGUACCUAACAAAAACUCAAGGCUUUGAAAAGGUAAGAAAAACUAACGUCUUUUCAGUGUUUCCCUCGUUACCCUUACUUAUUACUUUUUUCCUGAUUUACUUUCUUGCGUGUUGAAAAGAAUCACAUUACAUCAAUUUCAACACAAAGGAUGGCUGCGGUCAGAGAGGCAAAUGCAGUGUAGCCAAUUUAAACUAACCAAAUGGGUUUGGUUUGCCGUCCCUUUUUCCUGCAAUUAACGUCAUUGCUACCAAUAUCGCAAGCGUCUCCCAAAAUAAGCCAACGCUGGCUGGAUGUGAAAAAUUAGCAAGGGGAUCUGAGCCAAUCGGAAACAGAGAAAUAUUCUUGAACGAAUAAUGACUGUUCUUGUUACAUUUCUCGGGCUCAAAUUAGCUAAUUCUGCCGUGAUCUUUCAAUUUCUAACGUUGUAACCUUCACGACUUGAACAGGAAUACCCUCUGCCAGGCUCUCGGUCACUGCGGACGAGCGAAAAUAGCGAGCGAGCAGUGAAAUAGCGAUCGAGCGAAAACUGCGGAAAGGGAGAACUUCGCUUCCUGAAAAACCGUUUCUCUUGCCAAAAUGUCAUAAUAUGUCAAAAAGUCAAAAGAUGCGGUGUACCAGGGUUCUACAUACUCGACAUAUUUGUUAGGCACUGCGCUCGCGAAGCCGGCCAGGCUCCACUUCUCCGUCUCUCCCCAGCCCCCGCGCUGUUUUCGCGCAUCUUUUUCUCGAUCCCCUUUCUUCUCUAUCUUGGAGCCUAGAAAAGGCUAGAGCAGGGACGGAGUGAUAAACAUUAAUUUUGCUAGCAUUGAUUUGCCCUUUGGAUAGUUUUUGAUAUCUUUUUGCAACUAGUUGUAUUAAUCUUUACUGGACUGCUUAAUUUCACAGCAAGCCGUGGCCUAUUUUCCCCUUGUUCUCUUAAUCAGCGCAACGCUGGGUAGCGCAGUCUCAAACAAACUCAGCAGGAAGUUCAAAAGCAAGGUACUAAUUAAAAGUAUACAUAGACAGCGAGCAAUCUAUUAUGUUUCUUUUCAAAGUUAAGGUGGCUCGAUACAGUUUUCCAGGGCCAGUACCUCCCAAGUUUGAGCAUAAACUACGUCGCCAUAAACAAAGUUUUGAAAAAAUUGCCACCACAGUUGUAUUAGAUAAAGAUGAAAAUUUGUUAUGAUCAGGGUUGCAACGGCAUCGGAGUUGUCAUAGCAACGAAAUGACGCUAUUACCUAUUUUACUUACAGCAGUAUAUCUCGGCACUAGGAACUGUUCUUCCAAAAUCGUUCACGGGAGCUUUUUCCUCCAACAGCGGCCUCGAUGUUCGUGAAGUUUAAGCGAAAUCGGUAAGAGCGUUAUCGAGAUAUUUUGGGAUGAAGUUUUUAUGGUUAGAAACAAAGUAAAAAAUGGACAAUAUUGUUGUUUGGCCUUUAUCUGCAAAAAGUGAAGAGAUUUUGACAUGCAAUUUCACUUCAUAGUAGUUUCAAUCUUUUUAAAAACGUGUGUGAAAGAUCAUUUAGAUAGCUCCAACCGAUUGCUAGAAAGAAGGGUUUGAUUAGUAUGUAUCGAAGCGCUCUUGUUAGCGGUUUUGUAAACAUUUUGGUCUUCUUUAACAAAUUAGCGAAUAAUUUUUAAACCGCUCGAUAGAUUUUUAAAAAAAUUUAAGAGUCUUGAGAUUAACCUUCCUUUUAUAUGACCUUUUAGUUUCAAGAUUAUUGAUACAAUGUAAGGCAGUCAAAUAAGGGCUACAAUUCGCUAAUAUUUUGGCUGAAAUUUUGUGUUUACAAGUGUGAGCCUCUCAUUAUUCAGGGUAUUGUCUCCAAGUUUCAUAUUUUCGUGCACAACAAUAGCUAGCAGUUUUGCAUAUGUCAAAUGCAUUGUGAGUUACUGCUGUUCACGUGAAAAUGAAACUUGGAGACAAUGCCUUGAAUAAUGAGAGGCUUUCACUUGUAAUAACGAGACUUCCAAUAAAAAAGUAGCGAAUUGUAGCCGUUAUUUUACUGCCUUACAAUGUAUCAAUAAUCUUGAGACUAAAAGGUCAUAUAAAAGGAAGGUUAAUCUCAAGAAUCUUAAAUUUUUUAAAAAAUCUAUCGAGCGGUUUAAAAAUUAUUCGCUAAUUUGAUAAAGAAGACCAAAAUGCUUACAAAACCGCUAACAAGAGUGCUUCGAUACAUACUAAUCAAACCCUUCUUUUUAGCAAUCGGUUGGAGCUAUCUAAAUGAUCUUUCACACACGUUUUUAAAAAGAUUGAAACUACUAUGAGGUGAAAUUGCAUGUCAAAAGCUCUUCAUUUUUUACAGAUAAAGGCCAAACAACAAUAUUGUCCAUUUUUUACUUUGUUUCUAACCAUAAAAACUUCAUCCCAAAAUAUCUCGAUAACGCUCUUACAGAUUUCGCUUAAACUUCACGAAUAUCGAGGCCGCUAUUGGAGGAAAAAGCUCCCGUGAACGAUUUUGGAAGAACAGUUCCUAGUGCGGAGAUAUACUGCUGCAAGUAAAAUAGGUAAUAGCGUCAUUUCGUUGCUAUGACAACUCCGAUGCCGUUGCAACCCUGAUCAUAACAAAUUUUCAUCUUUAUCUAAUACAACUGUGGUGGCAAUUUUUUCAAAACUUUGUUUAUGACGACGUAGUUUAUGCUCAAACUUGGGAGGUAUUGACACUGGAAAACUGUAUCGAGCCACCUUGAUCCACGCGUAACCAAUCGCGCCAGGUUUGAUAAAAACUAGAUGGAUUUUAAGAAAAAGGGGCGGACUGCAAGCAGUCUAAACCGUACACGAAUAGAAUAUUACUACAACUUUUGUUUUUGUUUUGUUUUGUUUUGUUUGCUUGUUUGUUUGUUUGUUUCACGUUGCAUCUGUACUCCUUUGUAUCGAUCCAGUAAUCAUUAUUUUAAACAUUCCGUUAGGGAGACAAAAAUUUCCGACGUUACGAGCCAAAAGCGGGCAGUGUUGUGAUUGUUGUACAUUGCCAUGGUUACGAUAUGUAAGAGAUAUAAGAAAAUAAAUAAGUGGUAUACGUUUUAUGGUGCAGAGAGGUAAAAACAACGUUUUAAAGAACGUUCUAACUAUGACAUAAAUUCAAGACCUCAAUGCUUACAGUCUAAAAUAUUUUCAUAAAUAUAAAGUUUGAUAACCCUUUUCCCAAGAAGUGACAUAUUCCAUAGCCCAAAAAUAUCCCAGUCAUAGAAUGGUAUCGUCCUAAGGUUAAUGUAGUACAUGCAUUAAAGAUUUCAUUGGAGGGUCAUUAACUUAUAUGCAACUAAUUAAGAGGCCUUGCCACGGCUGUCUGAAUCCCUACCCUUUCAUAUACCUGAAGCCUGAAAACGAUACCCCUUUCGGGUGGAGCCUCCCCUUAUAGGCCAUCAUAGGGAGUAUCCCCUGGGAGGAGGCAGUUCCCUCUCCUUGUAUUUUGAGUAAAUUCCGUGACACAGCUCCUUUAAGUUAGAGUAUGCUUUAUAACUAAGUUUUGUACCUUCUGCUUAUCAUGAUCAUCACUUUUCUGCUUUUCAUUUUUCUCAGUGGACGUUUCUUACAGCCUCGCUGCUAGUCCUCUUUGGAUGUGUAUUUAGCUUCUUCCAAACCCAAACGUCUCUUCCCAAACAGUCGACAUAUGCUCCUGUAAUCGUGAUGGGAAGCGGCAUGUCCAUCAUGUACGUCAUGGCUUUAACAUUUGCAACGGAACUUACUGGGAAAGAUAAGGUAAGAUGUUACUAUAAUGAUAGCAAUCACACACUUCUCGAGGAUGAUCACACUCUGCGAGCCAACUAGACAACGAGCAGUAUCUCUGUUUUUCUCAGUCCGUCGAGCGAAACGCGCGAGACACGAAACUGAUCACGCGCGUGACAUAAGGCGCGAGACGGGAGAGGCGCGCGCGCGUGAACUCCCGUUACUAAAUCUGAAGAAAAAGAGAGACUGCUCGUAGUCUACGAGCAAAUAUUCGAGCGUCUCAACCUGAAUGGGGUUAACUGUCAGCCGUCAAACGACCUAAAAUUCAACCGUCAACCGUCAAAAAAGGUUAUUUUAACCGUCAACGGUCACAAAUGCAGAUUAAUCUUAACUAUCAAAAAGGUUUCAAGGUACAGUUAUUUCAAAUCUUACUAUUUCAGCUCAUCUUCACGUCAGACUUAAUCAUAACUAAUUUAUUAAUUUAUUCAGAAGGUAAUAUUCACUUGAACGCUUGGACUAAAUUUCCACUUAACCGUGUCAACCGUCAAAAGUUACCACCCCAUUAACACCCUUAUAGGGAAAACAGAUUACACACAGAAACCCACUUCCUUUGCUGCUGUUACCGCCAGUAAAGGGAUGUUCAGAAAUGGUACUUUGUACAACAAAAUAUACACUCGAACCUCUAUGUGCGACGGCCUCCCAUAAGCGACCACCUAUUGACGUUGACUGAACCGGAAACUAUCACAAGUGUAUCUAUUGAAAAUUUGUACAGAAAUCCAGCGGAUCCGCCUUCUCCAUCAUUGUUUUCAUUGGAAGGGUGUUAAGCGGAGGAAUGUUUAUGACAAUCCAAGAGUUUUACCCUAAAAACGGGUAAGAAUCAAACAUGUGUUUUAUAUCUGUUAAGUAUAUAUCUGUCUGAAAUUGUUAAAACGUGGCCACUAGGUUUUCGCCUCUCCCGGCUUCAGGCCAGUGUGGUCUCCAAAAAUGUAGGGGGCUUGGCGACUUGGUCAGCACAGGCAGAUAAGCCCAACGACUGCCCUAACAGUGGGUGGGUGGCCCAAGCCUGGGGGGCAAAACUAGUGGGGUAGAGAGGGGGCUAUUUUGACACAAUCCCUUCAGUAAGGAGCAGUGUUUACUAAAGGCUUUGACUGGCAAGCACAUUGUUCUUACUUUGCCUGAGCCAGCUGAAUAAGGCCUCUGCUGACAAUAAUUAUCAUGAUAAUUGUAGAGCUCAGGGGGAGUUGUAGACAGUUACCCGGUGUCCUGAGUGAGGAGGGUGAAAUUCUUGGUACCAAGGACAUACUUAGCUGAGGAGCUGUGGACACUCACUGAAGCCAUGUUUACAUCAAUUUAGUCAGAUAUAUAUGUAUAGUGUUACUAUUAUUAUUAUCAUUAUUAUUAUUAUUAUUAUUGUUAUCAUUAUUACAUUUAGCUUUGUUUAAAAUCUAUCUAGAUGUAUCAUCCUCAUUGCCACCACUAUCACCACCAUCAUCAUCAUCAUCAUUAUUAUCAUCAUCAUCAUUUUCAUUAUACAGUGUGUAUCAUUAUUUAAUUUCCUUGUAUUUUUUAGUUCCUCAUCAGGUUUGAGCGAAAGUGAAUAUGUACGCUACGUGUUUUUUAUGGUCCCAGGAUUACUGACACUAAUUGGUUCACUGAUGGUUUUAGUUUCAAAUCCAUCAAACUCAUGUUUUUGUUCUGCAAAAGGAGGUUGGUGUUAUGUAUGUACAGCAAUCCUCUGUAUCAAGUAUACUUAGUAGUAGGUUAAGUUUGAUCGUCCUGGUGAACGUAGUCCUGAAUAGAACUGUUGUUGUUGACAGUGACUGAUUUUCCAACAACCUGUGCAAUAGCCAUUUUCAGAGUCAAAGUGAGUUGUACCACGUCAUUUGAUGGUAUUAUACUCUGGUUAUUGACCUGAUUGGUCAAUUAUGUUGCAAUCUUAUUGGUCGUGUGUCAGUUAAGCCGUGAUGCAUUGUUUAUGAAGACUCAUCAAACUACUUUUGAAAUGACUCCUGGGUUCAAACCUUUCAUAGUUAUACUUAGCAGCUUGUGAAAAUAGCACUAUCAACACUUUUAAGACUCUGCAAGUGAGGUGAAGUCUAUGAGAGGUGUCUGUCGUGUAGGGUAAGGGGAUGCAACAGGUACACUUCAACUCCACCCAACCCUCCCCCCCCCCCUCCACCCCACAGGCUCCGGAGGUCCGCUUUUAUGUUGACCAAUGAUUUCAAACAAACUGAAUGAAUGAAAAAAAAUAUUACAACAUAUUUCAUUCUCAACUUCACUGAUUGUGUAAACUACUGCAGUUCAAUAUUAUUUAACUGCCAUGACUACCAAAAAAAUACACCAGAUAUAAUACUAUUCCCACCAUAAAUUUACAUUACAAAAACCUUAGUCGUGGCUAAUGUGUAAUUUGUUCUAUUUUGUUUGUUUUCCUUUCUCUCUUUAGAAUUUUCACUAAGUGAACAAACCAUCACUGCAACAGAAGCAGACACUGUUCUUUGUCAGAAGCAGUUUCCAUUGCAGAAAUAA